AUGACUCAGAAAAAACUUGAACAAAUAAUCGUCGGAUUGAAGGACGAGAAUCUGAAGUUGACUUUACCGUUUGGCAUUGGGCUGCACCAUGCCGGCCUGCAGCAGCAUGAAAAGAAUAUCGUCGAACAGAAUUGUUUUUUCCAGCUGUAUGUGGAGAUGAAGAUCCAAGUUUUAGUGGCCACUGCAACAUUGGCGUGGGGAAUCAAUCUUCCCGCACAUCUGGUAAUCAUCAAAGGGACUGAGUAUUACGACGGGAAGACUCAUAAAUACAUUGAUUUUCCGGUCACAGAUGCCUUGCAAAUGAUUGGCCGAGCCGGUCGACCACAGUUUGAUGAUUCGGCGGUAGCAGUGAUCUAUGUUCAGGAUAUCAAGAAAAACUUUUAU